AUGUUUUCAAAAAAACAAUAUAAGGUUAAACAUGCUUUAGUUACUAUUACUCUUUGUAAGAAUUGUUCAGAAAGAUUUAGAUGUAAAGAAUCUGUAGUUAAAGAUAGAUCACUAUGUAAAAGGUGUGAAAAGAAUCAUGUUCAUUGUAGAAAUUCAUGUCAAAAAUGUUGUAAACGAUAUCAAUGUAAUGAUUUGAUAUGUUCAAAUUGUGUUGAGGAAGGAAUUAAAUGUAAAAGGACAAUGAUUACAACACGAGAACAAUUUAAAAAAGUUAAUGAACAGGGUGUUAAAUAUUUUUCUGGACAAUACGAAAGAGAUGAAACUGGACGAUUUCAUGAACAGUGUUAUAUUCAAUUAAAUUCAUGGAUGAAUUUUAAACGGAUUAAGGAGAUUUUUGAAAAUAUGAGUAUGAAUAUAAUGAAUAAUUUUUAUGGAGGUGAUAAAAAUGAUCAUUGUGAUAAAUGUGAUGAUUCUUGUCAAGAACUUCGUGAAUUGCUAAUUGUUUGUGAUAGUUUAGGAAAUGAAUUAACUUCAGAGCAAAAAGGUCCAUUUAUUUUUGGAGAAGAAAAUUUCAAAGAAAGGAUAGGCAAUGAAAAAGUGAAAAUUGAUGAAAAAGAACAAGGGGGGUUUGAAAAGGCUGUAAAUAUUAUACUUGAUCCAACAACAAAUUAUGAAUUUAUUAAUAUUUUUAAACGAGAUCCAAAAAUGGAUGAGGAUGAAAAUUUAACAAAUAAAUCUUUGCGUUAUAGUGGAAGUGUGAUUAUUAGUUAUAUAGAUAAGGAUGGAGAUGAAAAAGAAUUAUUGUUAACUUUGGAGAAUUUCGAAUAUGAUAAAACAUUAAAUUAUGAAAAUGGUAAUAGGAAACGUAGAAUGAGUUAUAAGAAAAAUGAAGGAGAGAGUGAAAAUAUAAAACAUGGCAGAUUUGAUGAAUCGGGUAUAUUUGCUAAUGAAAAUGUUGUGAACGAAUGGUACAAUGCAGUAAAAGAAUUACAAAGGUUAAAUCCUGCUCAAGAAAAAUUUGCAAUUGAAAAAGUUGAUUCAAAUUGGUAUACGUUACCACAUUCGGAUCAUAUUAUUCAGCUUAUUUAUAAUGUACAUAAAAAGGAGUUGACUAGUUUUAAGGGUAAAUGUUUUUUCUUAUUAUUGGGAGAUGUGAAUAGAUUUGGAGGAAGAAAUAUGCCUUUGAUUAAUAAUGGUGGUGGUUCUGGAUCAGGAGGAGGUAAUUCAACUGGUAAUCCAAAUAAUCCAGGAUCAAAUUCAGGUUCUGGAAAUACAUCUGGUAAUCCUGGUUCAAAUACAGGUCAAGGAGGCAAUCCGACUAGUGGAAACACAACUGGACCAAAUACAGGUACUGGAAAUACAGGAGGUUCAGGAAAUAGUACAGGAUCUAAUCCAAAUGAAUCAGGUGCUAAUAAACCUAAUAAUUCCGGAUCUGGUUUAAAUCAAAAACAAAAGAAACCUAAAGGAGGACUUAAACAAAAUCAACAAAAUGUACCACGGAUAAAACAAAUACCAAUAAAACAAUUACCAAUAAAACAAAGACCUGUAAUAAGAGAAGAUCAAAUAAGAGAUGAUCGGAUAAUUGGUGAUCAAGCUAAACAAAUUAUAAAUCAACCAAAAAUACCAAUACCUCGUCAAAUACCGAUAUCUGUAUUAGAACCACAAGUAGAUCGAGCUAGGAGGCGAAUAGAAGAAAGACAAAGAGAUAUAGAUCAACAAGUAAGGGAGGAUGUAGAUGUGAUUGAUAAUGUACAACAAAUAGUAGUUGUAGAAAAACAACCACCACCAUUACAACAACAAAAUGAAGAUAGAAAUAUAGAUCCACAAGAUUUUACAAGAUGUUCUAUUUGUAAUACACCUUUAAGGGAAGCUAUGAAUGGUAAUCCAGAA